UCAGUAGAGCUAAAAAUGCCAUCUGCAAGUGCUGAUUCAAUGGAAGAAGAAAAGGAAUUAUUUGCUGAAGUUGAUCCAUCAGGGAGAUUUGGUCGAUACGCGGAGUUACUAGGCCAUGGUGCUGUGAAGAAGGUAUACAGAGCAUUUGAUAUACAAGAAGGAAGAGAUGUAGCGUGGAAUCAAAUUCGAUUGAGUAAAUUUAUUGACAUGCCUUAUGUUAUAAGUAAAAUUCGUUCUGAGAUUACGUUGUUGAAAAACUUGAAGAAUGAUAAUAUCAUUGUGUUGUAUCAUUUCUGGAGAGAUAAGGAACAUAACAUACUCAAUUUCAUUACUGAGGAAUGUGUGUCUGGGAAUUUGAGGGAUUAUAGGAAGAAGCAUCGUCGCGUUUCUAUAAAGGCGUUGAAGAAUUGGUCUAGACAGAUAUUGCAGGGGUUGGAUUAUUUGCAUACUCAUGAUCCUUGUGUUAUUCAUAGAGAUCUUAAUUGCAGCAACAUAUUUAUCAAUGGGAAUGUUGGAAAGGUAAAAAUAGGUGAUCUUGGGUUGGCUACAAUAGUAGGGAAGAGUCAUGCAGCACAUUCAAUGCUAGGGACACCAGGGUACAUGGCACCAGAACUAUAUGAAGAGGACUACACAGAGUUAGUAGAUAUUUACUCAUUUGGAAUGUGUUUGCUAGAAAUGGCCACUAUGGAAAUACCAUAUAGUGAAUGUGAAAGCCUAGCCAAAUUAUACAGGAAGGUUACAUCAGGAGUAAAGCCUCAAGCUUUCAAUAAAGUGAGUGAUAAAGAGUUGAAGGAUUUCAUUGAAAAAUGCAUUGGACAACCAAGAGCAAGACCAUCUGCUGCUGACUUGCUAAUGGAUCCUUUCCUUUCUGAUGUUGCUAAUUGUUGAGGUGCACUUUGUUUAAAUAUGGACAAGUUAUUUUUUGUUGUUCAAGUUUAAGUUAUCAAUUAAUGUUUAUCAUAAAGAUUAGUUACCAAUAUGUAUCAUUCGACCAUCUAGUUCAUCAAAA